AUGAUGAAUCAAUCGGAUACCAAAACCGCAGAUAUGCAAUUGGACGAAUCCAAUCCGAAGACUGUUAUGGAAACAGGCACUUCGGCAAUCCACAUUGACCCUGCGAUUGAGAGACGGGUCAGAUGGAAGAUUGAUUUGGUGGUCUUGCCACUGAUGUGCUUGAUUUACUUCUCUCAGUACCUUGACAAGCAGAGUCUAAGUUACGCUGGUGUGUUCGGAUUGAUAGAUGACCUACACCUUGUGGGCACACAGUUCGCCUGGCUAGGGUCCAUCUUCUACGUUGGGCAGCUGGCGUCGGAAUUCCCGGCCAUCUACUUGAUGAGUCGUCUUCCGCUUGCCAAAUUUGUAUCCUGUCUUAUUAUACUCUGGGGUGGAGUUUGCAUGUGUCUGGCAGGAGCAACAACCUUCUCAUCUUUCAUGGGUGUUCGAUUCGCCCUUGGAUUGGCUGAAGGUGCGGUCUCGCCUGCCUUUGUGACGCUCACCAGUCUCUGGUAUAAGAAAAGCGAGCAUCCCAUGCGCAUCGGUCUAUGGAUCAGCUGCAACGGGCUGGCUCAGGUCAUCGGUGCUCUAAUGAUGUAUGGUAUCGGUCACAACACGGCAUUGGCCAUUGCCCAAUGGAAAGCGAUGUUCAUCAUCUGUGGAGCUCUCACAGUCUUCUUUGGAAUCCUAUUCUUCUUCUUGAUGCCCGCUGGUCCCGACUCAGCGUGGUUCCUCACCCCCGAAGAGCGACAGGUAGCAACACAACGAUUGCGAGCGGAAACCGAAGGAGGAGACCAGACAACUUUCUCUAUCUCACAAUUGAAAGAGACAGCUAUGGAUAUCAGAGCGUAUUUGAGUUUCCUAUUUGGGCUUCUCAUCACACUACCUUCGCCAGUCAUUGCAUUCGCUUCCCUUAUCAUCUACUCUUUGGGCUACACAAAUUUCGAUACCAUGCUAUACACUUCACCAGCAGGUGCAGUUCAGAUGGUCUUUAUUUGGGUCGGAAUAGGUCUCUGCUAUAUUUGGCCGAAUCGUCGAUGUGCGAUCACCAUCGGGCUUACAAUCAUCCCGCUCGUCGGAAUCAUUCUACUAUUCACGCUUCCCUUGUCCUCGGGAUGGGGUAUGAUUGUUGCAUCGUGGUUGGCCUCCGUCAUCUCAAACAUCUUAACGGUCAUCCUCAGUCUAAACGCUUCCAAUAUUCGUGGAAAUACCAAAAAGGCCAUCGUCAACGCUUUGUUCUUCGUUGGCUACGCUAUCGGUGCUAUAGUUGGACCAUUACUCUGGAACACGAAAAAUGCACCCCGGUAUCGCAGUGGUCUCGUCUUGGCUCUGGUUAGCUGGCUUGUGUUCAUUCCGACCGUCGGAGUGUAUUGGUUCACGUGUGCUCGUGACAAUAAACGUCGGUCUACAAUGGGGAUGGAUAUCUUCGAGUACGCGGAGGAGGUCACUGGAAAGGACUUGACAGACAAGGAAGACAAGAAUUUCCGGUAUAACCUUUGA